UUCAUUUUAUGCAGAAAUGUAGAAGGAAAAAGCAGAUUUGGUUCUUGCAGUUGCUAUGAUUGUAGUUUAUUGCCAUUUCAUAUAUUUAAUUGUUCAAUAUAUGUCAUAUAGGAUAUACCCUUCUGUCAUUUUCGAGUUUUUGUUGCACAAUUGAAGAGUGACGGCAAUGGAAUGUUAUUUUACUUGGUUACGCAAAGAAGCAAGCCAGGGUUGAAUCUUGUUCAUCAUUCUUUGAUGGGGGUGUUUGUAUGCAAAUGGUAUUUCUUUAAUUGCAUAUUACCAGUAGCAGAAGUUCCCAGAAACUGCUGCUAAAAGUUUAACCAGAUUUUGUUUUCAGAGGAUCCCUUUGAGGCGGUUGCGAGAUUUUGAGAGAUUUCAAGAGGAUUCUCAAUCAUCUCUGUCACUUUUGCAGCACUAGGUUUGAUUAAUUGGAGCAGGAGGGUUACUCUGAUGACUUGUUUCUUUAACCUUUUCAGAAAGAAAGGAUCUUCCUCAGGCACUCGAUUGACCGGAGUUGAUUUAGAUGUUUCAGAAAUUCAGAAUGUCAAUAUCUACACUUACAGGGAAUUGCGAAGUGCCACCGAAGGUUUUAGUCCUUCAAACAAGAUAGGACAGGGAGGUUUUGGAGAAGUCUAUAAGGGAAAGCUGAGAAAUGGUUCUCUGGUAGCUAUAAAGGUUUUAUCAGCUGAAUCAAAACAAGGGGUUCGGGAGUUUUUGACAGAAAUCAAGGUGAUCUCUAGUAUAGAGCAUGAGAAUCUAGUUAAGUUGCAUGGAUGUUGUGUGGAAGACAACCACAGGAUUUUGGUAUAUGGCUAUCUCGAGAAUAACAGUCUAGCACAAACACUUAUUGGUGCAGGCCAUAGUAACAUCCAAUUUAGUUGGCCCACAAGAAGGAACAUCUGUGUAGGUGUUGCCAGGGGCCUUGCAUUCCUUCAUGAAGAGGUUCGGCCCCACAUUAUCCAUAGAGACAUAAAAUCAAGCAAUGUACUACUUGACAAAGAUCUCCAGCCAAAAAUUUCAGAUUUUGGGCUUGCAAAGCUUAUCCCACCAAACCUGACCCAUAUCAGUACACGUGUUGCUGGAACAGUUGGUUAUCUUGCUCCUGAAUAUGCAAUCCGAAAUCAAGUGACAAGAAAAUCAGAUGUUUAUAGCUUUGGAGUUCUAUUAUUAGAAAUUGUUAGUGGGAGGCCUAACACAAAUAGACGUUUACCUGUUGAAGAACGGUAUCUUCUCACAAGGGCUUGGGAUUUGUAUGAGGCUGGAGAGACAGAAAAAUUGGUGGAUGCUUUUCUAGAUGGAGACUUCAAUGUUGAGGAGGCAAUCAGAUUUUGUAAGAUUGCUCUCCUUUGCACGCAGGAUUCUCCUCAGCUCCGACCCUCUAUGUCCAUUGUGCUUGAAAUGCUUUUAGGUGAAAAAGAUGUGAAUGAGGAGAAUGUGACUAAACCAGGCAUGAUAUUUGAAUUUGUGGAAGCAAAAAGUGCAUGGAAACAAAAGGGCAAGUCUGAAGAGAAUGGUAAACUUAUGUUGGCUGAAGGGAAGCAAGAUGAGUCAUCUUCUUCCGAAACCAUGACUUCUUUUGCUACCAUGACCUUCACAGCAAUAUGUGAUCGAAGUAAUUAAAUUGAUUGUCACUAGAUAGCCUUGAUUCUCCCCCCUUAUUCUGAAUUUGUUGUAUUUUUUUGGCUACAAAGCAGAGUGUAAAUUUUUUGUCUAAUAUUUUCUUCUCAUUCUAUAUUAAUCAGUGAUCAAUGAGUUCAAUUUGUAAUUCAUUGGUCGGGCAAACUUUUUGUAAGAAAUUAGUGUCAUUGAUCUAUGUAGGCCAUAUACCAUAGUAUUUUGAAUCAGGGCAUUGUUUAUUGUUGGCUUGGUUUUUUGUGUCUCUUAUGCUGGUCUUUGUUUAAGAAUAGUGCUUGCUCAUACAUCAUACUUCCCUUUAGUGUGCAAAUUGUAAUCCCCUCAACGAUCUUCUGAAAUGUAGAUUUGCAUUAUUUUUGUGACUUUCUGUGCUGCUAA